AUGACUGGAGUCGACAAGCAGAUUUUCCAGCUCAACAAGGUCGUCACCGCUCCUGGAGCAUACAAGCUGCCCGACAAUGUCUCGGCUCUGAAGCUCCGUUUCAAGGACUCUGGUAACCGGUCUCAGACCAAGCUGUUCUGGACCCAUUCGCUGCCCACUCUGCAGUUCUGGAACCCCUCCGUCGCCAUGAGUGUGUCUCGAGUCCAGGCUCCUAAGGAGAAGUCCGUUGGACCUACCGUGACCAUCACUCGAACUGAUGGCUCCGAGGAAACCAUUUCUAUCGCCUCCAUGUUCUGGGAGAAAAUGGCCGAGACCAUUGCUGAGGCUGCCGGAGCAACCCCCGUCUCCGCCGGCGAGCUCAAGAAGUACUCCAUCCCCUUUGUCACCGACUACGACAAGAAGAUGGAGCUGGCCAAGAAGACCCAUCUGCGAGAUGUGGCCUUUGCACAGAAGGUGGAGCUGCACAAGCAGCAGGAGGCAGACCGAGAGGCCCUGGAGCUGGCGGCCAAGGAAGAGGCCAAGGCCGCUGCCCAGAAGAAGAAGGACGCCAUGAUCAAGGCCCGAAAGGAGGGACGAGUUUACAUUGAGGGAGAGGAGAACGAAGUUAAGGAGGCUGCUGUCGAGGUUGAGCAGAAGGUGACCGAGGAGGUGGCCGAAGAUGGAGCCAAGAUCGAGAUCAAGGAGACCGAGGUCAAGAUCGAGACCAAGAACUAG